AUGGAGCAGCUACAGGAUCAGCAACAGCAGCAGCAGCAGCAGCAGGACCGCCACUAUCACCAGUGCUGCUGCGUGCAGCAGCAGCAGCAGCAGCAACUCCCCCCACACAAGGAGCACAUCAACAGCAGCAGGGUCCUCACAGUCAAGUGCAGCAGCAAGCAGCUCAUCCAGCAGCAAUGGAGCAGCUACAGGAUCAGCAACAGCAGCAGCAGCAGCAGCAGCAGGACCACCACUACCACCAGCAGCAGCAGCAGCAGCAGCAGCACCAGCACUAGGAGCAGCAGCAGCAGCAGCAGCAAGCAUCAGCAGCACGCAGCAGAUCUACAGCAGCAGCAGCAGCAGGGGCUCCUCAUCGCCACCCUCAGCAGCAGCAGCAGCAGCAGCAGCAGCAGGUGGUUGGUUGCAGCAUGCGUAGCAUGA